UCACGUGCUGCUCCGAGAAGAAGAAGAAGCAAUUAUUGCUGGGUCUUUUUUUUUUUUUUCUUUGGUUGCCUGAUUAUCCUCUGGUUGGAGAGGGGAAGGAUUUAUUUUUUUGGUGAUCACCCCCUCGCGUUUGGUGGGAUUCUCUCUUUGGAUGUGGAAUAUAUACGCCAUACGAUCCUUUCCCUCCCCGUGCGUGUCGGACCGGAGAAGUUGCGUGGUGUGUAGUCUGCCGCCUCUUCCCUGAGCGGCGGCUGAGAUCGAAGCGAUGCUCGAUAGAAAGUAGCGCUUGUCAGUAGCGAUUCGCCCGCGAGCGCCAGUGGUGCGCUAAUUGGUCCAAUCCUCGUCGACUAUCCCAAAAAAAACAACCUUCGAUCGUCGACCAUAGUAGCGUCGUGAAUCUAUUCCGGCUCUUUUUUUUUUGUAAAGUUGGCUUCGGCGUUUUCUUGCAACGUUUUUUUCCGGCAAAUGCCUUCUCCUCGACGACGUGCCCUGUUGAAAUUGAUUUAAUGAGGAUAAUACUAAAGGCGCAAUGGCAUUACACCGCUCAGUCGUUCCGUACAGCCGCCGCGCUUAGUACGCUUUUGGAUGAACAGAAAUCCUCCGGAUGUUUACCGAAGAGUGGGAUUCGUUAGACUGGGAGGAUCUGAAGAAGGUGCUGUCGUUCCCCCCGUACCCUGGGGAGUUUCUGCACCCGGUCGUGUAUGCCUGCACGGCGGUCAUGUUGCUCUGCCUCUUCGCCUCCAUCAUCACCUACAUUGUACACCACAGCGCGAUCCGCAUCAGUCGGAAAGGAUGGCACGUGCUUCUCAACUUCUGCUUCCACACGGCUCUGACCUUCGCUGUGUUUGCCGGUGGCAUCAAUCGAAUCAAAUACCCUAUCAUCUGUCAAGCAGUAAGUGCAUUCCCUUUUCAUUUGUCCUGAUGUAGUGUUUUUUUUCCCCUUUUCCUUCAGAAUAUUGAUCAUGAAUGUCUGUUUUACUGUAG